AUGUGCUACUAUGAAACACACAUAAUACCCACCGAAAAGGGAAAUGUAAAUGUUUACUUUGAAAAACAGAGGAGGCUAUAUUGCCUAGUUCAUACGACAAACAAUAUAUUGCAAGCUCACGUAUAUACGUUUAAUGAUUUUAAGGAAUAUGAAUAUAAAAUUGAUUCCUUUAAUAUUUUAGAGAAUGAAGAAAAUGAAAAUCAUCAUCAAACAAAUAAUAACCAUUCAUCUAGUACUAAUAAUCAAACAAAUAAUAAUAUAGAAAAUAGUAAUACAAAUAUUUUUUCUUAUAUUAAAAGAGGUAUGUAUUCCUUUGGGAAUUUUAACAUAAGUGUUUUGUAUUUUUUAAUGAACAAACAUAAUAUGGAAUUACAAUGGGUUGAUAAUAAAGAAAUAUGUCAAAAGUUAAAAGAUCAUAAAAACUCUGCCAUAUUAUUUGAUGACGAACAACUAAAUGAUAAAAAAUUAAUAGCUUUCAUUAUAAAUAUUGUAAAAUUAAAAUUUUUUGACAUAUACCACCAUAGACAUUUUUAUACCAUACGAAAAAUAUCAGAUUCAUGGUUUAAGCUUGAUUCAUCUCUAAAUAAACCUAUUUUACUUCCUACUAACAAAGAUGUUAAUAAUCAUUUGAUAAAUAUUGUUAAAAAUAACAAAAUUCAAAAAUCUGAUAAUUAUAUUAUUCAGGUUUUUAAAAAAGUUAAGGAUAAUUAA